CUUUCGUAUAAUUUAAUCUUAAAAAAAAUUUCAGGCCUAUAUUUUUAGCUCACGAGGAUUCUAGAAUUUCCCACUUCCAUUCUUCCCCCUCCCCAGGCGAAAUAAAAUCGGAAAAUUCCGAAAACCCCACUAAACCCCUAGAAUCUCGUUUGCUUUUGCUGAUUGCUGGCCCGGAAACAUGUGGUCGCCGUCGCCGGAGAUAAUCACUUCCACGAAAUCCGUUCUUUCAGUUGCCGCCUCCCUGGCCGCUUCUGCGGUUCUCCUCCAUUCCACGGCGAACAAUCUCAUUCCUGAUGGAGUCUAUGACUGCUUUCAAAAGCUAUUGAACCGACUCUCGCCUCAGCUCACCGUCGUGGUUGAAGAAUUCGACGGUCUCGCCGCCAAUCAAAUGUUUGAGUCUGCUAACACAUACUUAGGCUCCAAGCUAACACCCUCUGCCCAAAAAAUCAAGGUUUAUAAGCCUUUGAAGGAAGACCAUUUAACCGUGUCCAUGGACAAGAACCAGGAAUUCUACGACUCAUACGAGGGUGUGACGUUCAAAUGGGUUCUGAUCUCUACGCACAACGACCAUCCUGUCUCAAACACCAAGCGUAGGGGCGAUCACUCUGCAAUUGAUCGAUCUGAAAUUCGUCAAUUUUUACUCUCUUUUCAUAAGAGGCACAGGGACAUGGUUCUGACCUCUUACUUGCCUUACAUUCUGCAAAAAGCAAAAGCAAUUAGAGAAGAGAAGAAGACGGUGAAGCUUCAUACCAUUGAUUACGGUGGCACCGACUACUGGAGUUCCAUCAGUCUCAAUCACCCAGCCACAUUUGAUUCCGUUGCCAUGGAACCUGUGAUGAAAAAGGAACUGUUAGACGAUCUUCAUUUAUUUACUGAGAGGAAAGAGUAUUACAGAAGAGUAGGGAAGGCCUGGAAACGCGGGUACUUGUUGUACGGACCGCCGGGUACAGGAAAGUCGAGCUUGAUUGCGGCCAUGGCCAAUCAUCUCAAAUUUGACAUUUUUGACUUGGAUUUAAGGGAGGUGAUGUGCAACUCCGAUCUCAGAAGGUUACUAAUCGGCACCGGAAGUCGCUCAAUACUAGUGAUCGAAGACAUUGAUUGUUCUAUAGAACUGCAGAACCGGGAAACAGAUAAUGAAGACACAAAAGAAGAUGAGAAGGUUACACUAUCGGGACUGUUAAACUUCAUGGAUGGAUUGUGGACGAGCUGUGGAGAUGAACGAGUUGUGAUAUGUACGACGAAUUACAAGGAUCGUCUUGAUCCAGCAUUGUUGAGACCGGGUCGCAUGGAUGUGCACAUUCACAUGUCCUAUUGCUCUUUCAGUGGUUUCAAGACAUUAGCAGCUAACUACCUGCGAAUUGAGGAACAUGCAGUGUUUGACGAGAUAGAGGAGCUUCUGCAGAAGGUUGAGGCAACGCCUGCUGAAGUUGCCGGAGAGUUGAUGAAAAGUGCUGAUGCAGACAAAGCCCUCAAGGGGCUCGUCAACUUCCUACACCGCAAGCUUCCGGAAAAUCUCCAGUAAUGUCAAGGUUGAGUUGAGACAGUGACAGCAUUCUGCUUUUUGUCAGAUCAAGUUACAGGCUUACGGAGUUACAGCCCUAUAGUCCGGAUUCGCUUUAUUUCUCCCUUAAUAACAACCGCAACACUUGCAUAUUUUUUUGGAUCAAAGAUUUCGGAUAAUUGAAAUUUCACGCAUGCUUAUGCUACUCUUUAGUCUCGAUCAGAGGCUAUACUUCAGGUUAACUACAAUGCUUUUUCAUUUGAUUUUUUAAAAGAUGUUUUUCUCAUAGAGAGAAUAUCGGGUAGCCCCACAGUAACAACAUAUCUUUCAAUGUCGUCCAAAAUUUCAUUGCAACUCCAAGAAUCAUAAUGAAAUUAAGCUUUGUAAGUAAAAAGAUAUUAGGAAAAAUC